AUGCCAGGAACACAUUCACCCUCCGACGAGAGAUUGGAAUCCGCAAGAAAGCGGUUUGAAGAGAAGCAGAAAAAAUUGAGGGAAAAAAGCGCCGAGGAUGUGCUAUCUUCCUUUUCUGGGCACCAGUCCAUUCACCAACCUCAACCGUACAUUUCUCCACCGCCCCAAACGAAGCAUCAACUCACACCCGAAGACUUAUUUGGACCUUCAUCUGUGCCAGAACCCUUCUAUGUUUCUCUGAAUACUGGUGUACGGGAUCUGGAAUCGCCUUAUGAACCUAUAGUUGAAAAUGCAGCACCGACCACAGCGUUAUUUGAUGUUGAUCUGGAAGCACCAUUGGCGACUCAAGAUGUUCAAGAUUCAUUUUUUGCUUCGAGUGGCUAUCCUAAAGCAGAAUUGACCAAUGAUACUGACAAUAAUGCUACUUCAGCAAAUCCUGAGUUGGAUAGAACUAAACGAAUGUUACGACCAGAGAAUAUUUUUGAUUUUUCUCUGGAGAAUUUGCAUGAAAUCCCCUUGAAUGACACAGAGGAUUUGAAUGAGCUUCCGCAGGAUGAGCUUGUGAUCCCAGCUUCUUUGUUGAAACCGGAAUCCACGAUAAACCUGGAUAAUAAAGAACCUCAAACUGAAUCUUCUUUGUUCACAGAUGUUACUGCAACCCAACAAGCAGAUCCCUUCUGGGGAAAUAGUGAAGAUGAUUUCUGGUCUUCCACGAACAAUAAGUCCCUUAAGGGUCAUGAAGUUCAUGAUAGCGCGAAUGAUUCCGCUCAUAUGACAGAAAAGGUUGAACCAGGAGAGGCAGUUGCUACGAAAGAAGCUCAAACUACUCAAGAACACAAAGAACAAGAAACAGAAGAACCACUAGAAGAAUACGUGCGGCAAAGUACAUUCGAUGAUUCUUUUUUUGCUUCUGAACCUGAACAAGUGGCAGAGCCUGAACAAUAUGAGAUUGCGGAUGAACCUGCGAAUAAUACGGGUGUAUGGCCGACUGACAAUGAUGCAACAACUAAAGAACACGACGACUUCUUAAAAUUGAUCAACGAUAGACCACAAAAGUCGAAUCUGUCGCCAGAUGAGAAAACUGAUACUAUUGACAUCAAGUCUCAAUCUACAAUGAGAAAUGAACCUAUAUCAGAAGUCUCAAUUGAUUCAGGAAUUCCAGAUGAAUAUGAGCAGUCGACGGAACAGUUUGGUCUUCAUGAAGUUGAAAGUACCACAGCUGACACACCACAAAAGGAUUCAAAUGUGUCUCACUCUCAACUUGAGAAAGACUUAGCUGAAGCAAGAGCAGAAUUAGAACGUCGACUCGAUGCUUUCAAAGAGGAACGAACAGCACUCGAACAUACGAUCAAGGACCAAAGCUCGACUAUCGAGCAACUUAAGUCUAGGGGACAACACAUGGACUCUCAGGAGAGCAAUGCUGCUAUUCAACAUAAAGCUUUAUUGGACGAGCAGAAGAUGAUAAUAGAUGAGCAGAAAGCUACUAUUGGUGAGCAGAAAGCAUCUCUUGAUGAGCAAAAUCUCUCUAUUGAACAUAAAGAAGUAAUCAUCAAGGAGCAAAAAGCUACUAUUGAUGAACAAAAGGCUACUAUUGAUGAGCAAAAAGUUACCAUUGAUGAGCAAAAGGCUACCAUUGAUGAACAAAAGGCUACCAUUGAUGAACAAAAGGCUACCAUUGAUGAACAAAAGGCUACCAUUGAUGAGCAAAAGGCUAUUAUUCAACAGCAGACGUCUGAGAUUGAAGAGAAAAGGAUCACUAUUACUACUCAAGAAUCCUCUAUCGAGGAGCAGAGAUUGAUGAUUGAAAGCUUAAAGAAUGAAAAUUCCAAGCUUAAGCUCGGACGUAUGGAUCUUAAUCUUCGCAUUGCUGACUUGGAAGAGGAAUUAGCCGAUCUCAAGACAUUGAAUAAGACUCUGAUCGGUGGAAACCAGAUUGAAGAAAACAUUGUAGAAUCGACGUCUCAAGUUGAAGAUGCUGAAUCGAAGAAUUCUGCCGCUUCUGAUGCAUUUUUGGGAGAGGAAGACUCUUCUCAAGAACUCACUGGCAUAGAAGACUUGAAGCAAGAGGAAGCAUCGAAGUCUCCGGUGCCGCAAGAAAAUGAGGCAGAUGUCACUCGAUCUAUCAAAGUGGAUGAAGAAAAGGAGAAGACAGAAGAACAGGGAAAUGAUAUAACCUCUGAACUCAAUGAUAAUGCCCUUAUUGGCUCAGUUCAAGAUGAAAUCAAACCUUCAAUAGCGGAGUCUGAGAUGAAAGGCUCAGAACUAGCUGAUGAAGUUUCAAACGUUCAGCCCUUUGGGAAUAACGCUAGUCAUAGUCCAGGUGAUCAUAGCGAAGUUGAUUCGACCUCCAAAGGUGACGAUGCUAACCCCUCCACUGACUCACAAUUCGGUAGAAAUGAUGGUAUCGAAGUACGUGAUCAAGUCGAGUUGAAAGAUAAUGGUACCAGAGAAGGCUCGGAACAGAAUCUUAUCUCUGAAGAUGUUGUGGUUGAAGAAGCGGCUGUUGAACAGCAAAAAAACCAAGGCACUCUCGAUCUUUCGCAAGGCAAUACAGAUGCUAAUGCUGAACAAGCAAUCAAUGAAUCACCCUUAGAAGAACAUGUCCUUGAGAAGAAGCCUCCUUCAGAAGAGCAAGCUCCUGAAAAGGAGUCUCUAUCAGAAGAAGAAGUGUUUGAGAAACAAUCAAUUCCAGAAGAAGAAUCUUCUGGACAUAAGUCUGCAGAAUUACUUGAUGUUGCGGAAUUGGGCGACCCUCUUGACGAAUUUGAGUCUAUGCUUCAAUCCGCAGGAGUCGGCACUAGCCAGAGCAAGCCUAUUUCUGCUUUGCAAUCCAAAACUACUAGGGCUCUCAGUCCCCUGCAACUUUUUGGCGAGACAGCCAAACCUCUCGAGAAAGGAAACUCUUAUGCGCUGCCCCUGCAACAAGUUCUUUCUCGAAUUGAUUCUACAUCGGAUUUCCGUGAACGGCUUAUGGUUUGGAAAGGAUGGCAGGUGGAUAUGAUUAAUUGGGAUCAUUCCAAAAACCCCAAAUUUGUAUUGUGA